GGAGCAGGAAUUUGGGAACCCUGGGUAGAAACGCUCAAAUCGGCUCCUCCUAUACCUCAAGAUACGAUGUUUAGUGAAAUAAUUGUACCAACUCUGGAUACUGUUCGAUACAUGGCAUUGAUGGAAUUGUUGACAGUGCAUCAAAAACCUUCUAUAUUUGUGGGGCCAACAGGAACUGGAAAAAGUACCUAUAUUACUAAUUUUCUUUUAAAUAAUUUGAAUAAAGAAGUCUACAAGCCACUGCUCAUUAACUUUUCAGCACAAACUACAGCAGCUCAGACUCAGAAUAUUAUAAUGUCCAAGCUGGACAAAAGGAGAAGAGGAAUUUUUGGACCUCCUCUUGGGAAAAGAAUGGUUGUAUUUGUAGAUGAUGUUAAUAUGCCAGCACGAGAGGUCUAUGGUGCUCAACCACCUGUUGAAUUACUACGGCAGUGGUUAGAUCACUGGAACUGGUAUGACCUUAAAGACUGCUCAAUGAUUAAACUUGUAGAUAUUCAGAUUGUGUGUGCAAUGGGACCACCAGGCGGUGGUCGAAACCCAGUAACACCACGAUUCUUGAGACACUUCAAUACGGUUACUAUUAAUGAGUUCGAUGAUGAAUCCAUGUACACAAUUUUUUCUAGAAUCUUAGACUGGCAUCUAACAGUAUGUUAUAGCUUUCCAUCACAGUAUGUAGAACUGACUCCACAAAUUAUUAAUGGAACCAUGCAUAUGUAUAAAGAAGCUAUGAAGAAUCUGCUUCCUACCCCAGCCAAAUCUCACUAUUUGUUCAAUCUCCGUGACUUUUCACGUGUUAUUCAAGGUGUUUGCCUGUCAAGGCCUGAAACAGCAGAAUCUGCAGGAGUGAUAAAACGUCUUUGGGUUCAUGAGGUUCUUAGAGUGUAUUAUGAUCGCUUGGUGGAUAAUACUGACCGCGCUUGGCUUGUUGGAUUUAUCCAAGAAGUAGUGAAAAAUGACUUACAUGAAGACUUUCAUGAGCUUUUCCAGAAUCUGGACUUCAACAAUGAUGGCAGAGUGGAAGAAGAUGACUUACGUAGCUUAAUGUUUUGUGAUUUUUAUGACCCUAAGAGAGAGGACACUAAAUACAGGGAGAUUAGUGAUACGGAUCAAUUGAGAUUAGUUGUAGAGAGUCACCUUGACGAGUUCAAUAACAUGAGCAAAAAGCCAAUGCAGCUUGUCUUGUUCCGAUUUGCUAUAGAACAUAUUUGUAGAAUUUCCCGUAUUCUGAAACAGCCUCGCAGCCAUGCCCUCCUUGUUGGUGUUGGAGGUAGUGGUCGACAAUCUCUUACUCGAUUAGCAGCCCAUAUGGCUGAAUACAACCUUUUUCAGGUUGAAAUAACUAAAAGUUAUGGUAUCAAUGAGUGGCAUAAAGACUUAAAAGUCAUACUAAGAAAAUCUACUGAAGGAGAAACGCAGGGAGUUUUCUUGUUCACAGAUACACAGAUUAAAAAGGAGUCAUUCUUAGAAGACAUUAACAACUUACUAAAUGCAGGUGAAGUGCCAAACAUCUUUGCAGUAGACGAGAAACAAGAAAUUUGUGAACAAAUGCGUCAAGUAGAUCGCCAACGGGACAGGACAAAACAGACAGAUGGCAGUCCUAUAGCUCUUUUUAACAUGUUUGUUGAUCGCUGUCGAGAUCAGCUUCAUAUAGUACUGGCAAUGAGUCCCAUUGGAGAUGCUUUCCGUAAUCGCCUUCGUAAAUUUCCAGCUCUUGUCAACUGCUGCACACUAGACUGGUUUCAGACAUGGCCUGAAGAUGCAUUAGAAGCUGUUGCCUCUCACUUCUUGGAAGAUGUUGAAAUGUCGGAAGAAACUCGAAGUGGGUGUAUUGAUAUGUGUAAAAGCUUUCAUAUGUCUACGAUUGUUUUAUCCAACUUAUACCAUGCAGAGCUUCAAAGACACAACUAUGUUACACCGACUUCAUACUUGGAAUUGAUCUCCACUUUUAAAAGUCUACUUGAAAAGAAACGCACUAAGGUGAUGAAAAUGAAAAGAAGAUAUGAAGUUGGCUUGGAGAAGCUGAACUCUGCUGCAUCUCAAGUAGCCUUGAUGCAGUCUGAGCUGGAGGCUCUGCAACCUCAGUUACGGGAAGCUAGCAAGCAGGUUGAUGAAAUGAUGGUCAUUAUUCAAAAAGAAUCUUUGGAAGUAGCCAAAACUGAAGAAGUCGUGAAAGCUGAUGAAGCAGUGGCAAAUGAGCAGGCUAUGGCUGCAAAGGCCAUCAAAGAUGAAUGUGACGCUGACCUAGCACAAGCCAUGCCUUGUUUAGAAAGUGCUCUGGCUGCCCUUGACACUCUCACUGCACAGGAUAUUACAGUGGUUAAGUCCAUGAAGAGUCCUCCUGCUGGUGUCAAGCUUGUAAUGGAAGCUAUAUGCAUCCUUAAAGGCAUCAAAGCAGAUAGGAUUCCAGAUCCAACAGGUUCUGGAAAAAAAAUUGAGGAUUUCUGGGGUCCUGCUAAGAGACUUCUGGGUGACAUAAGAUUUCUUCAGUCUCUUCAUGAAUAUGACAAGGAUAACAUUCCCCCAGCUUACAUGGCUAUCAUAAGAAAACAGUAUCUUACAAAUCCUGAGUUUGUACCAGACAAGAUUCGAAAUGCUUCCACGGCAGCAGAGGGUCUCUGCAAAUGGGUCAUAGCCAUGGAGUUUUAUGAUACAGUGACAAAAAAUGUUGCACCCAAAAAGCUAAAGUUGAAUCAAGCUGAAGGAAAAUUAAAGAUUGCUAUGGAUGGUCUAAGAAAGAAACAAGCAGACCUGAGGGAAGUUCAAGAUAAAUUGGCUGUACUCCAACAGACACUGGAAUCCAAGAAACAGGAGAAGGCUGACUUAGAAAAUCAGGUUGACUUAUGCAGCAAAAAACUACAGCGAGCAGAACAAUUGAUUGGUGGCCUUGGGGGUGAGAAAACCCGGUGGCAUGAGACUGCUUUGGAGCUGGGAAGGCAGUACAUCAAUUUGACUGGAGAUAUACUUAUUUCAUCAGGAAUUGUAGCUUACCUAGGAGCCUUUACAUCCAGCUACAGACAAAUGCAAACUAAAGAGUGGACAUUGCUAUGUAAAACAAAGGACAUUCCUUGUUCUGAUAAUUUUUCCUUAACAAAUACCCUGGGAGAACCAGUGGAAAUCAGAGCUUGGAAUAUUGCUGGACUACCUUCUGACAUGUUUUCUAUUGAUAAUGGCAUCAUUAUCUCUAAUGCAAGAAGAUGGCCUCUGAUGAUAGAUCCUCAAGGUCAAGCAAAUAAAUGGAUAAAGAACAUGGAAAAAGCCAAUAGUUUGCAUGUAAUCAAACUCAGCGACCCUCAAUUUGUUACAACACUGGAAAAUUGCAUUCAGUUUGGCAGUCCUGUGCUACUGGAGAAUAUUGGAGAAGAACUUGAUCCUAUCCUAGAGCCACUUUUGCUCAAACAGACAUUUAAGCAGUCAGGAAGUAUAUGCAUUUGCCUUGGAGACUCCACUAUCGAGUAUGCUCCUGAAUUCCGCUUUUAUAUUACAACUAAGCUGAGAAAUCCACAUUAUCUUCCCGAAACAUCUGUUAAGGUAACAUUACUGAACUUCAUGAUAACAUCAGAAGGAAUGCAGGAUCAGCUUCUUGGAAUUGUAGUUGCAAGAGAAAGGCCAGAUCUUGAAGAAGAAAAACAAGCCCUCAUUCUUCAAGGGGCUGAGAAUAAAAGGCAGUUAAAAGAAAUAGAAGACAAGAUUUUAGAAGUUCUUUCAGCCUCAGAAGGAAAUAUUUUGGAGGAUGAAACUGCUGUCAAGAUAUUGUCUUCUUCCAAAGUUCUGGCUAAUGAGAUUUCUGAAAAGCAAGCUGUAGCUGAAGAGACAGAAAAGAAGAUUGAUGCUACUCGUAUGGGCUAUCGUCCUAUUGCUAUCCAUUCGUCAAUCUUGUUUUUUUCUAUUGCUGAUCUAGCCAACAUUGAGCCAAUGUACCAGUAUUCACUCAUGUGGUUUAUUAACCUUUUCAUCAUGUCUAUAGAUAAUUCAGAGCAAUCAGAAGUUUUACAAACAAGGUUGAAGAUUCUCAAGGAUCAUUUUACUUACUCACUUUACGUCAAUGUCUGUCGCUCUCUCUUUGAAAAGGACAAGCUGCUCUUCUCUUUUUGUCUAACUGUGAAUCUCCUGAAAUAUGAAAGAUUGAUUAAUGAGAACGAGUGGAAAUUCCUGUUGACUGGAGGCAUAGGUUUGGACAAUCCCUUUUCUAAUCCAUGUACCUGGCUUCCUCCAAAAUCAUGGGAUGAAAUUUGUCGACUAGAAGAUUUGCCAUGCUUCACAAACAUUCGUAAGGAUUUUACGCGACUGAAGGAUGGAUGGAAAUUGGUAUAUGACAGCUUGGAUCCCCAGCAUGAGGAUUUUCCUGCAGAGUGGCAAGACAAGUUGGGGGAGUUCCAAAGGAUGCUUAUCAUUCGCUGCCUGAGACCUGACAAAAUAAUACCAAUGGUGCAGGAGUUUAUCAUUCACAACCUGGGCCGUCCAUUUAUUGAGCCACCUCCAUUUGAUUUGUCAAAAGCAUUUUCUGAUAGUCAUUCUUGUGCACCGCUGAUAUUUAUACUUUCUCCUGGCGCUGACCCCAUGGCAGCCCUUCUUAAGUUUGCCGAUGAUCAGGGAUAUGGUGGUACAAAGCUUAGUUCUCUGUCACUUGGUCAAGGCCAAGGCCCGAUAGCCAUGAAAAUGAUAGAGAAGGCAGUAAAGGAAGGAACAUGGAUAGUUCUGCAAAAUUGCCAUCUAGCAAGUUCAUGGAUGCCAAUACUGGAAAGAGUCUGUGAGGAGCUAAACCCUGAUACAACACAUCCAGAUUUCCGAAUUUGGCUCACCAGUUACCCAUCUGCCACGUUCCCGGUGUCUGUACUUCAGAAUGGAGUGAAGAUGACUAAUGAAGCACCAAAAGGUUUACGGGCCAAUGUCAUUCGUUCGUACCUGAUGGAUCCGAUAUCUGAUCCUGACUUUUUCAACAGCUGCAGAAAACCUGCUGAGUUCAAGACAUUGCUGUACGGCCUGUGCUUCUUCCAUGCGCUAGUGCAAGAAAGGCGGAAUUUUGGGCCGUUGGGCUGGAACAUUCCGUACGAGUUCAACGAGACCGACUUGCGCAUCAGCGUGCAGCAGCUGCACAUCUUCCUCGACCAGUACGAGGAAGUGCCAUAUGAAGCUCUUCGCUAUAUGACUGGAGAAUGUAAUUAUGGUGGCAGAGUCACAGAUGACUGGGAUCGGCGUACGCUCCGUAGUGUUCUAAACAUGUUCUUUUCCUCAGAAAUCAUCACAAAUGUAGAUUAUAAAUUUGAUCCAAGUGGCCUUUAUUUUGCUCCUCCUGAAGGAGAUUAUCAAAGCUAUAUUGAAUAUACAAAGACACUUCCACUGAAUCCUUCCCCAGAGAUAUUUGGAAUGAACGCAAAUGCUGAUAUUACCAAGGAUCAGUCAGAAACGCAACUGUUAUUUGAUAACAUUCUACUUACACAGUCUCGGGCAUCUGGGGGUGGUGCAAAAUCCAGCGAUGAAGUUGUUCAUGAAGUCACAGGUGACAUCCUGAGCAAACUUCCUCCAAAUUUUGACAUUGAAGCAGCAAUGAGAAGAUAUCCAACCACUUAUACUCAAAGCAUGAAUACUGUGCUUGUCCAAGAGAUGGGACGCUUUAACAAGUUAUUGCAGACAAUACGGGACUCCUGUGUUAACAUCCAGAAAGCAAUAAAGGGGCUAGUAGUGAUGUCUGCUGAACUGGAAGAAGUGGUAAACAGCAUUCUGAAAGGCAAAAUUCCAGGACUAUGGAUGAGUAAGUCUUACCCAAGCCUCAAGCCUCUGGGCAGCUAUGUGACUGACUUCCUUAAUAGACUGAAGUUCUUACAGCUGUGGUAUGAAAAUGGAACUCCACCAGUCUUCUGGAUUUCAGGAUUCUUCUUCACUCAAGCGUUCUUAACAGGUGCCCAGCAGAACUAUGCCAGAAAAUACACCAUUCCAAUAGACCUACUAGAAUUUGACUAUGAAGUGCUGGAAGAUAAGGAAUAUGAAAUUGCUCCUGAAGAUGGGGUCUACAUUCAGGGCUUGUUCUUGGAUGGAGCACGCUGGAACAGGCAAACUAAGAAGCUAGGAGAAUCUCAUCCAAAAAUCCUCUAUGAUACAGUACCUGUGAUAUGGCUAAAGCCAUGUAAGAGAGCAGACAUUCCACAGCGACCAAGUUACCUGGCCCCAGUGUACAAGACCAGUGAGAGAAGAGGGAUCCUGUCAACUACAGGCCAUUCCACCAACUUUGUCAUUGCAAUGACUCUCCCUUCAGACAAACCACAGGAACACUGGAUCAGACGGGGUGUGGCAUUAUUAUGUCAGCUUAACUCAUAAACCUAUCGCAAUUUAUGGAGGUAGGUGCAUUUUCCAGAUCACUUAAUAAGGGAUGCAUGUCAGUCCUAAAAGCUACAUAAAAAGAAAA